AUGGAGGGCCCCUCAUCGUCAAAACGCCCAAGCCCCUCGGAAAAGCCUCGGAGCAAAAAACGAGCCAAGUACACCCAGCUCGCCUGCAACGAAUGUAAGCGUCGGAAAUUGAAAUGCGACGGCAAGCCGGUCUGUUCGCGAUGCGUUCGCCAAAAAGCGCAGUGCACCUACACGCCCAACAGCCAUGCUUCGGGCAACGAGCCUGCGACGCCGGUAGGUGGGCAGGUUCAGGAGGAUGGGGUCUCGACUAAAUUCAGAACUGUCGACCAGCACAUCGAGAGUAUACAGCGCGAGAUGCGCGCUAUGGCUGCGCGUAUGCGCGAGCUCGAGUCGGCUAAUACACCAAACGCCAGUGUGACCGCUAGCAACAAUGCAUCUCUGUCCUCGUCAUCAGUCAGCGCGAGCCUCCAGCGGAUCCUGAACCGUCCCGGUUCGCCGGAUUACGUUGGCCCCACGAGCGCAGAGUUCGGAAUCACGCAGCGCCAAAAAUCAACCGGAGAGAGCGACGGCUACGGCGACGGCGAGUCCGAAACUGAAUCCACAACGGCGCCCAGCCCAGUCGCUGUCUCGGACGUCGAAGCCAUGUCCAACGAUCCGCUGGGAUGCUUCGGGAAGGAGGAAGCGCUCCGGCUGGUGGACGUUUACGAGAAUAAUGUCGGCCUGAUGUAUCCAUGUAUCGACCUCGAUAGCGUGCGGAGCUACGUGGAUGAUUAUUACAAGGAUGGGAGCCGGGCUGGGCCGACGCCGCCGGGGAUGUCGGAUCAGGACUGGUUCUUUGCGCGGGAUGCGGAGGUGUUGAAGAUUAUCCUGGCUACGGCGCUGUUGGCUGAGUCGCAUGGGCGCAGUGAGCGGGCGGCGUUGCUGGCUGAUAGUGUUGAGGACCGGUUCGCUGCUCGGGUUAAGAUUCCCGAGGUUGAUAUGAAGGAGUUGCUUAUCUUGACGUUACUGUCCAUCUUCCACUCCUACCGCGACGACGAGGUCAUUUCCUGGCGCUCUAUUGGGAUGGCCGCUCGCGGCUCCAUGCAACUCGGCCUGCACAGGCAGGAAACAUGGCUGCGCACAGGUGGCAUCUUCCCGGGCGAACUAGCCUGGACUUUUGCGUCGCGUCUCUUUUGGUGCAUCUAUGUCCUCGAUCGCAAAUGGUCCUUCGGAACAGGCCUCCCCUUUGCAAUCCAAGACGCAGACAUGGACACGAACCUUCCGGAGCCUGGCGCCGCAACCCCGUACCUUACCUGCAUGAUCACAUAUGCGCGCCUCAGCUCAAAAAUCUGGUCGCUCGUCAUGGGCUGGAGAUCUCGCCCCAAGGCUGCAACGGCAGAUUACUGCUCGUACCUUGACUUUCAAGUCCAGCAGUGGAUCCAGUCCAUCCCCGCAGAACUGCGCUUCGAUCCGAGCCCGUCAGCAGGUGACGCAGCAGACCCCUCGUCAACGGAGGAGAAUAAGAACACAACCCUCCAAGUCCUUCUCGCCCUACAGGCAAACCAGCUUCGUAUCCUCGUCUACCGUCAGAACCUACUCAGCGCGGAAUCCAUCGAGGCGAAUCCGCCAGGCGCGUCUGUCGCCGUUGAAACUGCGAAGUCGACGGUCCAUAUGCUUGAUUACUUCUCUCGCGUUUCUCAGAUUUACUUCAAUCGUCCCGAGCCGUUUAAUUACUUUCUCUUAUCUGCCCUCGCGGCGCUGUUUCUCGCUGUACUGCAUGCUCCCAUGAGGUUUCGGGAGGUAUGUCGGGGCGAGUUCUAUGCUGCUGUCGACUUGGUGAGAAGGUCAAGUACACGGGUCAAUAUGUCCAGGAGGUUGAGGAAGAUCAUCCGGGGCCUAAAGCAGGUGCGGUUGGUUAUGGACGGUGCAGGAUCCGCGAAGCGGCAAAAGCAAGCACGAGUGCAGAUGCAGACCAGAGGAACAGAAGAACAGAUGUACACACCUAUCCGAGACUCUCGCGCUGGUCAAAAUAUUAACGGAAAUGACACGCCUUUCUCUGGUAAUCCAUAUCCAUCACCGAGCUUCUAUCAUGCACAUGAGCCCCGGGAAGCACAAUAUGGCCACAGCCUCCCGACGCCACAGCACUCAGCGUCGCUGUGGCCGGUAUCGUCGCCUCAGAAAGAACAGGUAGAUGAGAACAGCUGUGAGGAUCUUACCAGUUUCUUUGAGAUGGCGGGUGGCCUAUAUUUCGAUCCGCGGCUUGACCCGACAAUUGGUACUGAUAUCCUUCCUGACCACAGCGCGCUGAGUGAUGCGCUUGGUGCGUUUGAGGCAGAGGAUGAGGCAUUGACUAGGGUUAUGGUGGGACUACUUUAG